CCAUCUUGAAGAACGCUCCUAGGAGCUGUGAGCGAUUUUAAAAAGACAACUCGCCAGUAUUAUAAGGCUCCGUAUUUAUCCGCAGAUUCAUCUGUGAGUCAUUUUAGAGAUUGAGAAACGAAAUAUUAAAAUAUGUCAGACGCCGAACAACAGUACAUGGAGACGUCCGAAAACGGCCAUGAAGGAGGGGAGGAGGAUUUGAAUGGCGCUGAGCCUUGCGGAGAGACGGAGUACCCGGAGGCGGUGAGUGGAGAAGCAGAGGCCGAGGAAGAGACCAGUGAAAUUGCCGCGGAGGAACCGGAGAACGGGGCCUCGGAGGGAGGACAGAUCGACGCCAGUAAAGGUGAAGAAGAUGCAGGGAAAAUGUUCGUUGGAGGCCUCAGCUGGGACACAAGUAAGAAGGAUCUGAAAGAUUACUUCUCAAAAUUUGGUGAGGUGACAGACUGCACCAUCAAAAUGGAUCCAAACACGGGAAGAUCGCGAGGAUUUGGGUUCAUCCUGUUCAAAGAUGCUGCAAGCGUGGAAAAAGUGCUGGCACAGAAGGAACACAGGCUUGACGGACGACAGAUUGACCCCAAGAAAGCCAUGGCCAUGAAGAAAGAACCUGUUAAGAAAAUUUUUGUUGGAGGUUUGAACCCUGAGACGACAGAAGAAACCAUCCGCGAGUAUUUUGGUGCCUUCGGAGAGAUUGAAGCUAUUGAGCUUCCAAUGGACCCAAAGACAAAUAAAAGGAGAGGGUUUGUCUUCAUUACAUUUAAGGAAGAAGCCCCAGUGAAAAAAGUCAUGGAAAAAAAAUACCACAAUGUCAGUGGAACCAAGGCAGCAAAUGGAAAAGAGGGUCUUUGCGAGAUUAAGAUUGCCCAGCCCAAAGAGGUGUACCAGCAGCAACAGUUUGGGGGUCGCUAUGGGGGUCGAGGCAGGGGGCGUGGAGGUCAGGGCCAGAACUGGAACCAAGGCUACAAUAACUACUGGAACCAGGGCUAUGGUAACCAAGGAUACGGUUAUGGUGGGCAGCAGGGCUACGGUGGAUAUGGAGGAUAUGGAAACUAUGAUUACUCUGCAGGCUACUAUGGCUACGGCGGUGGAUACGACUACAACCAGGGCAGUGCAAGCUAUGGGAAAACUCCUCGACGUGGAGGCCACCAGAGUAGCUAUAAGCCAUACUGAUGACUUGUUGACCAGGUUGAGGGUAACCACUCGACAGGAGCCCUCAGUCUGGGCACAGUGGACACGAGGGCGCUUUUCCUUUUGGAGUUGGCAAAAUUUGGACUCAUGCUCCAUUUUGUACAGGAAUUAAAACAGAUGAGGAACUGGGGAAGCAAAAGUCACUUUUCACUUUUAUUUUGUAUUUUUUUUUUUUUUUCCUUUGUGUGUCCAUAUUUUACAUUUCCAGAGAUGGAAGUGUUAUUUUUGCUGUACUUUUUGGUACCUUGUUGAAUCUAAUGUAUUGUAUGGUUAUAUUUUACAUGUUGGCUGGAUUUACCACACACAGGCUCAGAGCUCUCAAAGCUUUUGAAAUAAACAAUUUUGAGUAAUUUUUCUUUGCUGUUUCUAGACCUUUUUUCCCCUCCAAGAUAAGUUUUCUUUUGCUUGUUGAGAGUUGCAUGGCAUCUGAACAGUGGGUAUCAAAAAAAAAACAAAAAAAAAAAAAAAACAACUGGUUUCAUUGUAAGCUUUGUCCAGUGACAUUUUUCAGGUGGCGAGUAGCUUGAUGACCAGCUUUUUCUUCUGAUUGUAUGGCUUUUAAGGAGAUCUUUGUCUGCGUGUGAAAUAAGUGGCUUUUCUAGUGUAACACUUUACCUCAAAGCUUCAACCUGUAAGAGGGCUGUCCCUCUCUCACCGGAGACUCAUUCCUCCCGUGUCUUGGGCAAAUUUAUAGAAAUAAACUUUUUGGUUUUUAAGA